AAGCGGAGCCGCGGCCGCGGUGAAACAUAAAGUUUAUUCAGUUCAAAGUGACGCAAAAAUUCUUAAAGAGCUCUUUGGCGGCGGAUAUCUAGAGAGAGAUCAGACCAUGUGAGAGGCCGAGAGUACAAAUACGCCCGCUCGGGCGCAAGCUCCGGCAGAGGCAGCGUCCGCCCCCCAGUGCCUCGAGGGCGCGCGGGUCGCCCAGCCUCCGAGAGCUCCGGGGACCGGCCCUCCAGUCUGCUUCCCAGUCGCCUUAACAACAGAGCUCUCCAGCCCGUCUCUAUAAAGCUCUGAGGAAUCCCAGGACCAAGGAUUCAGUUCAGGCCCUUGACAAAUGGACACCAGUAUCUGUUACUAACCGGCGGGAUGGAGACCAAGCCCUUAAAUUCUCAGAAGGAGCCGUCAGCCUGUAAGGAUGGAGAAGAUUGUCAGGAAAAUGGAGUUCUACGGAAAGGUGUCCCUGCCCCAGGUGAUAAAGUGGAGACUGACCAAAUCUCCAAUGAGUACUCAGCGGUUGCCAGCCCUGGUACGGGAGACGACACCCAGCACUCCACCCCAGCAGCCACCACCGCCCUAGUGGCUGAGGUUCAUCAAGUGGAACGGGAGACCUGGGGCAAGAAGGUGGAUUUCCUCCUCUCGGUCAUUGGCUAUGCCGUGGACCUGGGCAAUGUGUGGCGCUUUCCCUACAUUUGUUACCAGAAUGGAGGAGGGGCCUUCCUCCUCCCCUACACCAUCAUGGCCAUUUUUGGAGGGAUCCCACUCUUCUACCUGGAGCUAGCGCUGGGCCAGUACCACAGAAACGGAUGCAUUUCAAUAUGGCGGAAAAUCUGCCCGAUUUUCAAAGGAAUCGGUUACACCAUCUGCAUCAUUGCCUUCUACAUUGCCUCCUACUACAACACUAUUAUUGCCUGGGCGCUCUACUACCUCAUCUCCUCCUUCACCAACCAGCUGCCCUGGACAAGCUGCAAGAACUCCUGGAACACUGGCAACUGCACCAACUACUUCUCCCAGGACAACAUCACCUGGACUCUCCACUCCACCUCUCCAGCUGAAGAGUUUUACAUACGCCAUGUCCUGCAGAUCCACCAGUCUAAGGGACUCCAGGACCUGGGUGGCAUCAACUGGCAGCUUACCCUCUGCAUCAUGCUGAUCUUUACUGUUAUCUACUUUAGUAUCUGGAAAGGCGUCAAAACAUCUGGCAAGGUGGUGUGGGUGACAGCUACCUUCCCUUAUAUCAUCCUCUCUGUCCUGCUGGUGAGGGGAGCCACCCUCCCUGGAGCCUGGAGAGGUGUCCUCUUUUACCUGAAACCCAACUGGCAGAAACUUCUGGAGACAGGGGUGUGGGUGGAUGCUGCAGCUCAGAUCUUCUUCUCUCUUGGUCCUGGCUUUGGGGUCCUACUGGCUUUUGCUAGCUACAACAAAUUCAACAACAACUGUUACCAAGAUGCCCUGGUGACCAGCGUGGUGAACUGCAUGACGAGCUUCAUUUCGGGAUUUGUCAUCUUCACGGUACUCGGGUAUAUGGCUGAAAUGAGGAACGAAGACGUGUCUGAGGUGGCCAAAGAUGCAGGCCCCAGCCUCCUCUUCAUCACGUAUGCAGAAGCCAUAGCCAACAUGCCAGCAUCCACAUUCUUUGCCAUCAUCUUCUUCUUGAUGUUAAUCACGCUGGGCUUGGACAGCACGUUUGCAGGCUUGGAGGGGGUGAUCACGGCUGUGCUGGAUGAGUGUCCCCACAUCUGGGCCAAGCGUCGGGAGUGGUUCGUGCUCGGAGUGGUCAUCACCUGCUUCUUUGGAUCCCUGGUCACCCUGACUUUUGGAGGGGCCUACAUGGUGAAGCUGCUAGAGGAAUACGCCACGGGGCCUGCGGUCGUCACUGUCGUGCUUAUCGAAGCAAUUGCUGUGUCUUGGUUCUAUGGCGUCAAUCAGUUCUGCAGUGACGUGAAGGAAAUGCUGGGCUUCAGCCCUGGAUGGUUUUGGAGGAUCUGCUGGAUGGCCAUCAGCCCUCUGUUUCUCCUGUUCAUCAUUUGCAGUUUUUUGAUGAGCCCCCCACAGCUACGGCUCUUCCAACAUAAUUACCCCCGCUGGAGUGUCAUCUUGGGCUACUGCAUAGGAACCUCGUCUUUCAUCUGCAUCCCUACGUAUAUAGCUUAUCGGCUGAUCACCACUCCAGGGACCUUUAAGGAGCGUAUUAUUAAAAGUAUCACUCCAGAAACACCAACAGAAAUUCCCUGUGGGGACAUACGCUUGAAUGUUGUGUAACACGCUUUAUUGAGAGGAAAAUGGCUUCCCAACAACCUCUUCCUCCACUUCUGACCUUGUAACACCUCGCCUUCUCCCUCUAAGUGAGUUAGUUUCCAGUGAAGCCUGACAAUGGAAGGGUCUCCUUCACAGAGACACAGUCGCAAAAGACUAUGGUGCCCAGACUCUUAUGGCCUCCAGCCACUUCUUUCCAUGAAAUCUCCUGGACAUAUGACCACGUUGGACUCUACCUGUGAUGCAGCUAAACUGGCUCAUUUUGGACAAGUGAAGGGUGUGUGUGGAAGGUGAUGACAAACGUCCUAUCAGGAUUAGGAUUAGAGUCAAGUCUGUGGAAGUCUCCUGUGUCAUUUCUUGGCAUGAUCAUAGGUAUCUGACAUCUGUUUGCUUCUAAAGGUUUCACUGCUCAUGAAUGCAUAAACCACGUAGGAUAAAACAGGGAUCCUGUCUUGCUAGCCAUCUAUUUUCUGAGUAGCGUAGAAUUCUAUAGCUGGAAUCUACUAAAAUCCUCUAAGCUGUGGAGUCAGAAGCAGAAGAUAUAAGAAGCUAAACUGAAAAUUAUGUGUACAUGUGAGCUUGUGUGUCUUUGUAUACUGCUGUUUUAGUGUAUCCGUAUCUCUCCCUAUUCCAGUUCUUUGGGCCCAUUACAAAUCACAUGAAUUUCCUGAGAGUUUUCGUACAUUAACAAAUUCUACUCACUUAAAUGCGUAUCGUAUGUUGUUAUUUGAAAGGUACAAUUAUUACAAGAUGUUCUGCCACCUUCUCCUUUUCUAGUGACACUACUUUAGCCCACACACCUUCCUUUAUGGGCCAAUCUUUAGCAUUUGCUGCACUUCAUUGCCACUUCCUGUCUCACUCUGCUAAACAGUCAAGAAAAUAUUUCACAGGCAAAUUUGGCUUCUCUUUAGCCACUGUGGCUUGGCUGUGAACUACUUUGAAGAUGUCAACACAGGCACCUUCAGUGUUCAGUUGGCCAUCUGGUUUAAGCUGUAUCUACUGCAGAUGACUGAAUUUGACGAUUCAGGUUACCUUGCUUGGUGAAGAGAAUAUAAAUCCAAUUUUCACUUAGCCCUAGGGUAUAUAGCUCUGGAACCCUGACCAUAAACCAAGAGCUUCCUCAAUGCAAGAGCAGUUGGGAGAGUCUGGGUUAGCCUUAAAUGGAUCUCCCUCUCCCCAUCUCCAGCCAUCACCCUUGACCCUUCAUGUGAUUAUGGUUGUGAGCCUUCCAGAUAAUUUUCAAGACUGAGUCUAAGGCUGAUUGAGUAAGGGCCAAUUAAGUGAAUGAUCUUUUAUUCCACAUAAAGUUCUUAAUGCAGAUCAAGUACAUUUAGCCUUUGGUGACUCCCAGAUGCCUAAGUAGAGAAACAAAUUCUACCUUGUAGUAUGAGAUUUUUCUUAUCAAAAUCUUAAAGAGAGUAAAAUACUUUUUAAAAUAGAUUAGAAUUUCACCAAGUCAGGUGUUAGAUGAAUAUAUAGGAACUUUCAAACGCUACUAGACUGGAAAAAAGUAAAUCUAAAAUCUGUUUGUUUUACAUAGUUUGCAUUUAUUUGACCCCUAUUUAUUAAUACUACCUAUGAAAUUUUUUAAAGGAAAACUUAAGAGUAGGUAGAUAGAUUUUAAGUUAUCAUUUAAAGACCUUUUACAUUCAAUGUGGUAUUUACAUAAAAGUAAAAAAUAAAAAUGGAAUUGAAUUGUAAAAUUAUUUAAGGACUGAAGUUGAUUUAUUUUCUUGUGAUUUUAUCAGUAAGAAAUAUACAAUAGGCCAAGACAAGACAAAGGCAUGAAAGCAGUUUGAUUAUUAGAGGUUAUUUCUUAUAUUGAUGUACAAUGAAGUCCAAAUAUUUCAUCUCCAAACUGAAAACUUAGAAACCGUUUAAAACUUAUUCCAUUUGUUGGCUGGAAUGCAUAUGAAUUCACUUCCCUGCAUUCUCCAUCUGUGAAAAGGAGAUGGGGGCAAAGACCCUGACAAAUCCAAGUCAAUAAGCUCCAAAAUCAAAUAAUGAAAUCACAAAAUAAGGCAAAAAGUUAUUCUACAAGAUGACUCACUCCCUCUCCACCCCCUUUUUACUAAGUUUAUUAAUUUGGUACUGCCAAUCUCAAAAUUUAAGUCUGAAUUUGCAUUCAACUCACCCAUCCUUAAAAAGAGAGAUUAUUCUCCUGGAAUUAGGAUCAUAUUCUCCAGAUAAACAGGAAAGACUGACCUGAUGCUUCGUAUGUUGUGUGAUUCUGAUUUAGAGUCACUAUCAAAAAAACAGAUCUUGCAACUAUGGAAUGCAAUGGCUUAACUGUGCUGUUCUUACGCGUAUCUUAGACAAUGCUUGGCUAUUCAGUUACACCCAAGCCUGAUUCCUUUCUUAGCAUGUCUCUUUACUCAUUAAUCAACAUCUGGUGCUUAAGAUACCAGAAUUGUCCAGGAUGACUGUCUUCAUUAAAUAUGCAGUAAUCAGAGUAAUCUCAUUCCCUUUUUGGGGGGGGUGGGGGGUUCAGAGUAAGGGAGGAUGGAAAGUAGUUCCUCAGAGGGAUUUUAUGUUAGAGCCAUAACAUCAAAAUAGUCCUAUGCUACAUGGUAAGAAGUUGUGUAUUUCAAAGUCAUUGCAGAGCUCACACACGUUUUAAAACAUAGAGUAACACUAAGGGCUCUUGAAGUGCUCUAAACUAGGAAGGUGAGUGUAGUUAAGCGCUUGCUUGGGAAGCAUGUUAGAGAAUGAAAUUUAUAAAUCUAAAUAUGGAAAAAAAACAAAACAAACCAAGGACGUGACAGAGAAUAUCCCCAUAUUGCAGAAAGCUUUUCAGGUCCACUUGAAACAUUCUGGUUUCUGAGUUUUUUUCUUCAAUGUCAGAGAUGAGUCAAUGAAAGUGUUUACUAAAGCUUGAAUUUAGUUCCUUGGGAGAAAUAUUUCAAUGCCCUGGGUCUUUUUAGUACUUUCUGUAGUAAUCACCCCUUCCCCUCAUUGCUUAAAUUUUAAUAAUAAUCUUUUAAAGUUCAAAGAACUCCAUUAGAGACAGAGGCAAACCUAGUGACCAAGUUAAUUUUCUUGCUCUUCUUGGGAUCUGAGAAAUUUCUAAAUGAAGGUGAGCUUAAGUUUUAUUUCCUCAAUAGAAAUAAUACUCCUCUCAGUUGCUUUUGUAGGCACUUAACACAAUGGAAAAGAUAAAUAUUUUAAGAUGGAAUCUUAAAUAUGUCUCUCCUUUUGUUUCAUAUGGUUGGAAUCCAUUCAGUAUAUCUACAUUAAGUGUUUCAAAAAAGCUCACCUUUUCAACAGAAGUGUUCUUUUCUUGGAAAUUAUUAACAAUAUAUUUCAUUUGGAAUGUCAAGUGAUACUCAUCUUACCAACGCAUCACAAAAUUCAUGCCAAAUUGUUCUAUCACAAAUGCGUAAUUUUUCUGUCAAAAUAGGUUUUCUACACUGGCCAACUCUAAUUUGGAAACAGUGUGCGUCGGUGGAGUACCUCAUCAGAAAAAUAUUUUAGUAUCUGCUGAAUCUUGUCAAUGGGGGAGAGAAUAAAUGACAUCAAACCUUUAGUUUUAUAAUUGAAGACUCCAAGUGUAAUGGACAAUUUAUUUCUAGCAAUUUGUAAACACUGAGUCCAAACAUUAAGUGGGUGUGGAGGGGUGUCUGUCCCAUCUUUAUGCUAAAAUACCGUAAGAGCAUUUACUAAUUAAAAAAAACUAUUUUGAAAGAUUACUCUUGUUCAAACUCUAAAAUAAGAAGUGUACCUCACCUUCAGGAUCUACUCAACGGCACACACCACCACCACCUUACCUUAAGAAAACUUGAUAUAAGAAAACUGUGUAUUUUAAGAUAAAAUUAGGGACUUUAUGUAAGAACUCAGUUAUUCUAGUGUUUUUUUUUAAGAUUUGUAUUUUUUUAUUGUACUUCAGGUGAAGGUUUACAGAACUAAGUUUUUCAUUACUAAGGUUAUUUUAGAAAGAUGUGAUGUACAAACAACUUUUCAGGAUACUUCUAUUGUGUGCUGGGCCUAUCAGUGAGGUGCUCUAAAUUUUGAGUUAUAAAAAUAUUUUUUUCCUCAUCUUCACUUUCUUCUACAUUACUUACAGCUAAGGAUAGUAAAUUUAUUCCCCUGUAUUCACCUCUGUUAACAGUGGUAAUAUGAAAAUUUCCAGUUAUCUUUUAACAUGAAAAAUUUUUAAACUUUAGUGGCAGAAUUGAAGUUUUAUUUGUUUACAAGAUCCCCUUUCUGAUGCAUGUGUCUCUGUAUUCAUUUAUGCAGUUUAUUUACAAAUGAGCUAGACUGUAAGGUAUGAGUAAAUGCCUUAUACUGUGAACUGCUACUGUAAUAACUUUAUCAUGAUAGAUUUGUUCUCAUUCAGAAAGUCCAAACUCUUAAGGUUAAAAUAAAAAGCUUAACUGUAUAUUGUCAAAGCAAUUAUACAUCCCAAUACACCACUCCAUGUCAUUUGCAAAUAUUAGUAUCAAAAUGUCAAAUUAAAAAUAUUACAUUUUAGUAAAUCUAAUCAUAAUUCUUCAUAAAUUUGUGCAGAGCUUUAUAAUGUGCUUUCACAUAUAUCAUCUCAUUUGAACACCAAAGCUCUGGGUGACACAUUUUCCCAGUUUUGCAAAUGAGGAGCCUGAGGCUCACAGAGGUUAACUGAUUUUCCCCAAGUUCACACAGACGGAAAGUUGGAGAACAGAUUAAGCCUAGAUUUUCUGAUUCCAGGCCAAAGUUUAUUUGCAUGUCUAUCUUUAAAAUCAGCAUCACAGAAGUCUGGGACAUCCAAAGAGUGAUUCAACCUCAGACUAGAUUUUUUUUCUAAACUGCCAGGAUGUUCUAUUUCAUUUUAGAGUACGAUGGGGAAGAGGAGUAGGAAUAAGAACCUGAAGCAGAUAUAUCGUGUGUGUGUGUGUG